ACACAUUUUCAUCCCCGUUGGUUUCAAGAAUCUAACUAAACUUAUCGAGGCCAAAAAUUUAUAUUUUAAUUUAUUAUAAAACAAAAAUAAUGAUAAGUAAUAAUAAUAAUUUAUAAAAAUUACAAGUCGUCAUUUUGCUGAGAAAAUAAGCUUGAUCUGUGAUAGUGUUAUUUUUUAUUUAAAUACUGUUUUUAAGUAUCAUUAUUAUUGAGAUCACAUAUAGUUUUCGUUUUUAUUUUAUUUUUUAUUUCGCUUCGUAAAGUUAUUGAGAAAACAAUUAAUAAAAUGCCUCAAAGUGCGGGCGUACUUACAAAUUCUGUUAUGAUAACUUUAAUACUACUGAUCAGUUCCUUGUGUGGAUGUUGGAGUACUGAUGCGGAUCAACAUGUUGCUUCGUCUCCCACAUGUGACAGUAAUAUUUACUGCUAUGGGCCAUUGCUGCAUGCGAUUCAAAUGUCUAGCAUAUUCCCGGACUCAAAAACGUUUGUUGACAUGAAAAUGAAAUAUUCGCCUAAUGAGACCAUGAACAUAUUCUUGGAAAUGAUGAAAAGAACGGGACAAAGGCCAUCAAAAUUAGAACUGGAAAUUUUCCUCAACGAUACUUUCGAGAAGGAAGGUAGUGAAUUCGAAAUUUGGGAUCCUUCCGAUUGGAAGCCAGAGCCCAAGUUUAUUGGUGAUAUUAAGGACCCAAAUUUCCAAGAAUGGGCUAGAGGCUUACAUUUAUUAUGGAAACUCCUCGGUAAAAAAAUUAAAGAUGAUGUUCGUUUACAUCCCGACCAUUAUUCAAUUAUCUAUGUCCCGUAUCCGGUAAUUGUACCCGGUGGCCGGUUUCGUGAAUUCUACUAUUGGGAUUCUUACUGGAUUAUUAGAGGUCUGUUACUAUCUGAGAUGUAUACUACAGUCAAAGGAAUGCUUAGCAACUUUUUAUCAAUUAUUAACACUUACGGUCAUAUUCCAAACGGAGGCAGAGUUUAUUAUGCCAUGCGGUCUCAACCCCCCAUGCUAGUACCAAUGAUGAAAAGUUACAUCGAGGCUACAAAUGAUACAAUUUUCCUUAAAGAAAAUGUAGAUAUACUGGAAAAAGAAUUCAGUUAUUGGAUGUUAAAUCAUACGGUGGACAUAGAAAAAGACGGAAAAGUAUACACAUUGGCUAGAUAUAAGGAUUCGUCAACAGGACCCAGGCCCGAAUCAUACAGGGAAGAUAUCAUGAGCGCACAAACAUUUAAGACCGAUAACGAUAAAGAAAACUACUAUUCUGAGCUAAAGGCCGCUGCGGAAUCUGGGUGGGAUUUUUCCAGUAGAUGGUUUAUUCUAAAUGGAACAAAUAAAGGAAACUUGACCAACCUGAAAACACGGUACAUCAUUCCGGUUGACUUGAACGCUAUAGUAUAUUGGAAUGCUAAGAUACUGAGUGACUUUUACCGAGAGUUGAAUGUAUCCGACAAGGCACUAAAGUACGAAAACAUUGCCAACAAAUGGAUAGAAGCAGUAACUGCGGUGCUGUGGCACGAAGAGGUGGGAGCAUGGCUCGAUUAUGACAUGCUGAAUGAAAUCAAGCGUGAUUACUUUUACCCAACCAACAUAUCGCCGCUAUGGACAGGAUGUUACGACCCAAAGAAGACCGAUGACUUUGUGUCUCGGACACUUAAGUACUUGGAAAAAACACAAAUAAUGAACAACCUUGGGGGCAUACCAACCACCUUGGAGCACUCUGGUGAACAGUGGGACUAUCCAAACGCAUGGCCCCCUCUCCAGUACAUAAUGGUCAUGUCACUGGAUAACUCAGGUGACAACUGGGCCCAGGACUUAGCGUUUGAGAUAGCUGAGCGAUGGAUGAGGUCCAACUACAAAGCAUACAACGAGACCAACGCCAUGUAUGAAAAGUAUGAUGCGACUGUACCUGGAGGCCACGGUAGUGGAGGUGAGUACGAGGUGCAGUUAGGUUUCGGCUGGACCAACGGUAUAAUCCUGGAGUUCCUGCAGAAGUAUGGAUCCAGGGUCACGGCCGAGGACAAGUUCAUCGAGGCACCGCAGACCAGCGCCAACAUAGAUGCCAGCAGAAGCAGCACUGACUACAACACCAAGACCGUGUCUUCGGCAACGCAAGUGAUGACUGCCACGCUCGCGAUACUGGCCACAAUAUCGGCCGGAUGCAUAGGGUUCGCCGUGUACAAAAAGCGGUACCAGCUUUACGCGUCCGACCGAGCCCUGUGCAAGAAAAUGUGCGGCGGCUACACAGAGCUCAAAGACCUGACGAGCGACUAGAGACGCCGACAACCUUGCACACCGUAGUACGUCGUCCGUUGUUCGUCGAUUCACUGCAUCCGCUCUUGGACGUAGUCGUCCGGCGCUCGCGCGUCACCAUAAUAAUAAUAUUAUAUUAUAAUAUUAUCGUCCCCGUCCUCCGUCAACCCCAUGCGAGGCGUAUCCACUUUGGCCCUAUCCUCCCCCUAAAAAACACUCACCCUGUAUACAAAAUGAUCUGAAAAUCUCACACCACUUGUACUGCAGAGUGCGAUGAUAUUAUAUUAUAUAAUAUAAUAUAACCACAUAUUGUUAAUAGUACGCCGUAAUAUUUGGCGUCCGGCCAACGUAUUUUUGAUGUUGUUAUAUUAUUAUUAUUAUUAUUAUUAUUAAUAUUAUCAUUAUUAAUUUAUUAUUAUUUAUUUAUUAUUAUUAUUAUUAGUAGUAGUAGUAGUAGUAGUAGGACUAUUAAUAACGAUAAUGCUGUCUUGAAACAUAAAAAUAUAUUAAGAUUGACGAAAAUGACACGAGAAAUAUAGAUAUAAGACGACGUUCGUGUCUAAUAUACAUGGUUUUGUGUAUAUUCUCGUGGUCUUAAAGUAUUAAAAGUAUUAUAUAAGUAUUAUACAUGCUUAUCGUCGAUAUUUUGAUUUUUACGUUUUCGAAACGCGCACUUAGACCGAUGUCAAACAUUAAUAGACACGAAAACGAUUUCCACGGUCCGCAUUCGGUUAUACACUUAUACUUACAGGUACAGAAAAUAAUCAUUAGUAAUGUAUACGAUUGUACAUAAUAUUCGUAUAAUAUGCAUCAGAUAUUCAGAUAGAUAAUUUUAACCCACGAGGUUAAGUACACGUUUCUCUUUGAUUGCUCAUGUUUCAAACGUGCAAUUUAUGAUUUAUUUCAGUACGAUUAUAUUUUCCAGAUUUGCAAUGUGAGUACCUCACGAAUCGGCAGUACCUAUACCUAUAAUUUCCCCAUGUAUGCUACUAUUAAUUUAUUUGUGACGACGUGAGUAAAAUUCUGGGUUUUUUCUAACCGUUCGUCGUUGACUCAGACCGAAAACAACGACGGAGAACGUCCAAUAGGACCGCUUUUGCUCCGUACUAAUAAAAAAAUAUAUAUUUCGGUUUUAUUUAUUAAUGAUUUUCCACGCAAUGGUGUGUUUUCCUAUGUUUAUAAAAACUAUCGAGUUAAAUGUCGUUUGUAGAUUUUUUUUUAGAAUAUCGAUUUACGUUGGUAGUAAACGACCAAUCAACAAUAAUAUUUUAUUGUUAUAGUUUAUAAUACCUAUUACAAAAUGUAAUCAUAUUCGAACGAUUAUACGCGCUUUGACAAUUUAAUGCUGUAAAUAGGUAGGUAGAUCAUUAUAUAUUGUCUAUUUAAACGUCUUAUCGUUGACGUAUAUUUAAUAUGUAUAUAAUUUAAUAUAAUAUAUUGUGAGAAUAAAAAAAACAGCCCCCGAUAACGUCAAUGCUUGUUAGCUUAAAACGUUUUAUUUUUACUCCUCGAGUUUUAAAUAUUUUCAACACUUUGCGAAAGCUCAGGUAUACCACGAGUAUACACAUGUAUCUAUAUUUAUAUAUAGGUGAACAAUACUCUAUAGUCUAUAUCUAUAUGUUCUCAAUACAUACUUAUAAUUUUUAGAUUUUAAUGGAACAUAUAUAUAUAUAUUUUAUUUGAACACAUUAUUUUUCUAAUACAAUUACUGAAAUGCUUCCUUUAAAACGUUAGGUAACUGAAAUUAAAAAUAUUAUCGAGUGACAAUGACGAUGAUGCUGAAUCGUAAAAUUAUGAAUUUUAUAUUUCUAUUGACUACUCUCACCGCAGACGGGUUUUCAAUAUUGAUACCUAUGUUAUUAAAGUGUGUACGAUUACCAUCUAUCAAAUAGUUAAAUUACAUACUAUAGGUAUAUACGAAUGAAGUGCAUAAUAAUAAUCGUUUCGGAUUUAGCUGCGCAGCGAUCAAUCAAAAGUCGCGUUAAGGCAAUAACCAACGAAAGCAAAUUUAUCUAGGUUAUUAAUUCAUUCUAUAUUAGAUAUUCUUAAUACGAUGAUAAUAAUAAUAGUAAUAAUAAUAUGAUUCAUUUCUAUUCGUAUAAUAUAAUAUGCUUCUUUUAUCUCGAGUGUAAUAGGUACAUAUUUUAUAAUCAUUCCUAAUAGUAAAUAGAGUAAUAAUAUUAAUGAAAAAAUUAAUGACCAAAAUUUAAGUAUGCGUAAGCGUUAAUACAUGUAUACAAAUCUAUACCUACGUGGCUACGUAUAAUGUAUUAUACUAUCAUAAAUAAUUGAAAUAACGUGUAUUGACCAAUGACCAUCCGUCGCGUUCCGAUUUGGUUAUUUGGCUAAAUAUUAAAGAAAAAAAGUAAUCUAACCGAGCCUAGGCCAGACUAAAUCAUCCGUAGGCAAGCAGAAACUUGGGUCGAAUUUUUCAAGACAUUCUUAUCGGUAAAAUAUAAAUACAUAAGCAAUAAAAUGCUACUCAAAAUAACUUAAUCCAUCUCUAUUUCAAAUAAAUAUGUUCGUUAUUAUAAUUUUGUAAUUUUCAAAAAAUUUUGAAGAGCAUUGCAGAGUAUAAAUACAUAUUAUUGUUAUAUUAUAGAUUUUAAAGCACAGGCUUGCUGUCAACGAAAUAGAAAUAAAAAAAUCUCGAGCAUCGUUUUCACGGCACUUCUGAUGUUUUUUAAUUUUUUUUACUUCUAAAAAGUUAUGAUGCCUAAAUUUUAAUAUUUAUAUAUACUAUAUAUCCCAUAAAUUCAUAGAGAAUUUGUGUAAAUAAAUGUUAAGAUUCGAAAAAAAACUUAGUAAGUUGUACCGCAUGAUAGACGGCCAUUUGAAAUUGCGAUUGGUGUACGAGGUGCCAUAUGCUACGCAUACAAAUAUAUAUAUGUAUACUAAUACAUAGAUUACCUACGAUACGUUUCCAUAAUACUUUGUAGCUCUAAACUUUUUACACAUUGGUUAUUGGUGAAUUUAUAAAUUGUAUAUUGUAGACCAAUAAAACGCAAAAAAAUGAGGGGGUGUAUAUUCUGCCACCCCUGUGGGUAAAUAAGUGUUGGCAAAGAAGACUAUUUUAAUCUUCCGUCAAUAUGUGAUUAGCUCUUCCACAAAAUUUCAGUUAAAAAAUAAAAUGUAUUGUAUUUCCAGUAAAUCCUUAUAAUAUAAUAACCCGCAAAAAUGUCGCCGCAUUGAAACUAAAAACUUAACGAUUAGUUCAAAAAUUAACGUUCUUAGAAUACAUUAUAACAACAUGAUUUAUACCCCCCCUCCCCCAUAACCAUUAUUGAACUAUUUAGCAAUUUUAAUGUUCGAAAAUUUGUAAAUGACAAUUUGCAUUUGUUAAAUAUCCACACCAAAAUCUCAAUCCUCAGACGCGUAGCGAAUGCAUGCCCACCACUAUCUAUAAUAUGAUAUUCACGUGGGUACGUGACUUUAAUAUCUGCAAUUAUAGCGUAGGUACUAUAAGCGUGUUUGUAUUAUAAUAUCGCCUAUUACAAUAAUUAUUAACACAAGUUAAUUAUAAUAGUAUACAUUACCAACGUGGCUACGUAAAACGUGCUCGACCACGGUCGGACACUUCGACGUCAUUAUUUUUAUUCUAAUCUAUAAUAUUCUCUUAGAAAUAUCGUACACAACAUAAACAUAUAAAUUAUUAUAUAUGGUAUUUUUCGUCUUGUGUUUGUAACAAAGCGCUUUAUAUAUUAUGUUGAUACAUAAAACAUUGCAGUGUAUUACUGUUUACAACCAUAGUUGUAAGACAAUCUUUUUACUUUGCAUGUACUUAUAGUAUAUAUAGGUACUCAUGCUUAUAAUAGGUAUAUUAUAGCUGUGACGUUUGCGAAUUUUUUCUCUUUUCCUUAAAUUCUUACGAUAUAGGUAUAAUAUUACGACUGAUAGAUGAUUAGGAUCGCAUAUAUUUAUACAUACUCGUGUAGGUAAUAUAUAUAUUAGGAAUCGCGCUGUUUCUUGUAUUGUAAAUUGUAAUAAUAUAUUAUAUUUUUAACACGAGAUUUUGUGAAUCGUUACCCAUAACGUGAUGACCCGAUUACCAUGUCGGCAGUACCUAUUGUGUAUAAAUGUUUAAUGUUUAUUGUUUGUAUAAAUUACAGAGACGUGUGCCAUAUGUUGUGCGCAUCAUCAUACAUUGUUAAUUCGUUUUGUUGAUUAUUGUCAGGUUCUCGAGUGCAAUAAUGUAAGUAGUGUGUGGUCUACCCUCUCGACAUGUGAUCGGCCGAUCGAGUCUUUCGAGAAAAAAAAUGUAUUCCUAUAUAAUAUAUUAUAAAUUAUUGUGUUGACAAAUGCUGUGACGGGUAGACCGCCCGUGUUAUUAUUAUUAUUACGAUUUAUAAAGUAUUAUUAUAAUAAUUACCAUUAUUGUAAGCUGGUGUACUCGCCGUAAGUAUAGUGGCUAUUUAUAAAAAUAAAAACAAAAUUUAAAAAUGUAA